AUGCCAGGCAAGAAAAUCGCAGUGAUUGGUGCAGGGGUGAGUGGACUGGGUGCCAUCAAAAGCUGCUUGGAAGAGGGGCUGGAGCCUGUGUGUUUUGAAAGAAGCAAUGACAUCGGGGGACUGUGGAGAUAUGAGGAGAAGACAGAAGGUGGCCGGCCAAGUAUCUACAGGUCUGCCACCAGUAACACAUCAAAGGAGAUGUCAGCCUUCAGUGACUACCCCUUCCCUGGUCACUUCCCCAACUACAUGCAUCAUUCCAAGAUCAUGGAGUACCUUCGCAUGUAUGCUGCCCACUUCCACCUCACCAAGUAUAUCCGGUUUCUGUCCAAGGUCUGCAGCGUGAGGAAAUGCUCUGACUUCUCCCACACGGGACAGUGGGAUAUUGUGGUGGAGACUGAAGGAAAGCAAGAAUUCUAUAUUUUUGACGGCAUCAUGGUGUGCAGUGGCCUUUAUACAAACCCUGUCUUACCACUCCAGAGCUUUCCAGGAAUCAAGAAGUUCAAAGGGGAAUAUAUCCAUAGUUGGGAAUAUAAGAGUCCAGAGAAAUUCCAGGGGAAGAAAAUCCUUGUGGUUGGCAUUGGCAAUUCUGGAGUUGAUCUGGCCAUCGAGCUCAGUCACAUAGCUGCACAGGUAUUUCUCAGUACGAGGCGGGGAGCAUGGAUUUGGAACCGGGUAUGGGAUCAUGGCAUGCCCAUGGACGUGGCUCUCUUCACUCGAUUUAACACUAUCCUCAACAAAUGCUACCCUAGCUUUUUAAUCAAUAGAUGGACUGAAAACAAAUUAAAUACACGGUUUAGCCAUGAUGUCUAUGGUCUGCAACCUAAACACAGAUUCCUGAGCCAUCAGGCCACUAUCAGCGAUGACCUCCCCAACCACAUCAUCUCCGGAAAAGUCAUGAUGAAGCCCAAUGUGCGCGAGUUUGCCAAGACCUCAGCCACUUUUGAGGAUGGCACUGAGGAGGAUGUGGACACUGUGAUCUUUGCUACAGGCUACACUGCUUCUUUCUCAUUUUUGGAAAAUGACUCCACUAUCCUGGACAGCCAAUGCUCCAUGUUUAAGUUUAUUUUUCCUCCUCAGUUGGAGAGGCCAACGCUGGCUUUCAUUGGCAUCCUGCAGCCCGUGGGAGCUACCAUCCCCACCUCAGAGCUGCAGAGCCGCUGGGUUGCCCGUGUUUUCAAGGGAUUGGCCAAGCUCCCUUCAGUGAAUGACAUGAUGAUUGAUAUAAGAAAGAAGAGAAAAAAACAGGAAAAAAAAUUCCUAAACAAUCCACGAGAUACUCGCAGAGUGUCCUACGUGGAGUAUAUGGAUGAAAUUGCCUCAGAAAUAGGAGUGAAACCCAACCUGUUCUCACUCCUUCAGGAUCCAAAGCUAGCAAAGGAAGUCUUCUUUGGACCAUGUACACCUUUCCAGUACCGCCUCCAGGGGCCUGGGAGGUGGGCUGGGGCACGGGAAGCCAUCCUGACCCAGAGGGAGCGCAUCAUUAGGCCACUGAGGACACGCAUCCUGGCCGCUAAUCAGCCCUUGUCUGUGCCACUGUGGCUUAAAGGUGUCUGUGCUGCUCUUCUCUUUGUCCUCACUUUAAUCAUCAUUAAAAAAUAA